GGACUACAAAACAGAGACUUCUGGGGGAAGGAAGUGGCGCAAAGCAUGCUGGGUUUAGACGGUGCCGCCGGGGAGACUCCUUCCUUACCGCGUGGUUGCUGCGUGCCUUUCGCUGUGAGGAGCUGUAACUGUCAGCUGGCAGCCAUGAAUGAAUGGAUGAAGAAAGGCCCCUUAGAAUGGCAAGAUUACACGUACAAAGAAGUCAAAGUGACAGCCAGUGAGAAGGAUUAUAAAGGAUGGGUUUUAACCACAGACCCAGUUUCUGCCAAUAUCGUCCUCGUGAACUUCCUAGAAGAUGGCAGCAUAUCUGUGACUGGAAUUAUGGGCCAUGCCGUGCAGACUGUCGAAACUGUGAACGAAGGGGACCAUGGAGUGAGAGAGAAGCUGGCACAUUUGUUCAUGUCUGGAGACUGCAAGGCCUACAGCCCUGAGGACCUGGAGAAGAGGAAGAACAGCCUCAAGAAAUGGCUGGAGAAGAACCACAUUCCCAUCACUGAACAGGGAGACUCACAACGGACUCUGUGUGUGGCUGGGGUGCUGACGAUAGACCCCCCGUAUGGCCCCGAAAAUUGCAGCAGUUCUAAUGAGAUUAUUCUGUCCCGUGUUCAGGAUCUUAUUCAGGGACAUCUUGCAGCUCCGCAGUGAGAAGCCAAGAACUGGGGAUGUGCCGAUUGAAAUAAGACUUCAUUUUUAUUUUUUCCUUCGUGAAGUGUUUGGAUGUUAAGUCCAUCAUAUUACAAGACUUCAGAGGCACACGUGUGUCGUGUGUGAGUUUUCGUUCUCUGUUGUUUUGGUCAAAUCAAAGAUGGGGAUUAUGAGUGCUAAUAAAUAGGUAAACCACACGGAUAGUCUCACGUGCAACAAAAUAGCACAAGGACCCUGAGAUCAAGAGUUGCAUGCUCUUCUGACUGAGCCGGCCAGACACCUCAGUGUCCUUCCUUUUAAUUUCAACAUACAGGUGUCUAGUUUGUUUGUUUGUUUGUUUGUUUUUUAAAAAAAAACCUUCAGAGGCUCUUGCAGGGGCAAAUUAUGCUCUUGAUUGAAUUUAUUCAAGUAAACUUUAUUUCUCUAUUGUCUUGUU